GCCUUCGUUGACUCUGUCGGAGAAGAGCAAGAUGGCUACCCUGGACGUAGAUGAUUUUAUUCAACAGAACCGAGCUCUGGCCGACCAGGUGGAAACGUUUCGAGGUUACUGGGAGAGUGAAAAACACUGGCAGGCCAGGAGAGAGUUCAUCCUGAGGAACAUCAACGACUACGACUUCCAGCAGCUCGACCACUUGCUCUCUCUGUCCAUGGUCUGGGCCAACAACGUCUUCCUCGGCUGUCGGUACAGCACAGAGCUCCUGGAGAAAGUGAAGGAAAUGGCUGAAGGCAUCGUGGUGGAAGACGCACCGGUCUUCAAGACAAGAGAUGAGAUUAUUAAGAAGCAACAGGGUCGAUGACCAGCUCAGUCUCCUCUGGUUGUAUCGGAUGAAAACUGAUGGGACUCAGUUGUUCUGUACACACAGGCUGUGCUUGUAACACGUGGCACCACAUUUCUGUGGCAUUUUAACCAUCCUACAUUAUUUAUGACGGAUGUGAUAAGAGUAACAUAGUAACAUCUAAAAUCUUUUUUAUGAAACACAAAGACUUGGUUUUUAGAAUUUUAAUUGUGUAGAGACAUUAAGACGUUUUGGCAGUCUGAUAGCUUCACUGCUCAUUUAUCUCUACAUGACUGUUUUACAUUUUUUAAAGUGUAUUCAUUGUUUUUAGUGCUGUUUUUAUAUCAGUUCAGAUACAAGAUGACACUGCAUGUCGUCCUCAUGUCUCUGUUUUGGGAAUAAAAGACUUGUGAUUUCUUUUUC